AAAAAUAGCGCUCUUUCACGAUAUGCUUAUGGAACGCGAGUAGGCGAUGUCCGAUUAGGUUGUAUUGUCGCAUAAAUACACAGCGCCGUUGUAUUUGCACGAAUAUGCUUUUGGUUUGCGGCUCGGCAAGUUGUUAUGUGCAUGGGAAUGAUCACGUGGAUCUUGAAUUGAAAAUCAUUUGGAGAAAAGUUACCAAAUAAAAGUACUUAGGCAUUAAGUAUUGGAGCGAGUUCGAUCGAUGAAUUAUGGUUGUCUUUACGUGUAACAAUUGUGGUGAUUCGCUUCAAAAACCAAAGGUUGCCAAACAUUAUCAGUUUCAAUGUCGUAAUCCUGUGUUUGUCACUUGUGUGGAUUGUCUCAAAGAUUUUCGCGACCAGGAAUACGUUGCCCAUACUAAAUGUGUCAGCGAAAACGAACGUUAUGGCGGCAAAGAUUACGUACCGACAAAAAAUUCAAAUAAAGGAGAAAGGAAGCAGCAAGCCUGGUUAAAUAUUGUUCAAAAUGUAUUAAACAAUUCUAAACAUUUGACGGUAUCGGAGAGAAAUAUUUUGAGCUCGAUAUCAAAGUACGAUAAUAUUCCUAGAAAGAAACCAAAAUUCAUGAAUUUCAUUCGAAGUAUGACCAGUAACAGAGCUAAUAUGUCGGUAGUUGAAAGCGUUUGGGAUAUAAUGGAAAAUGCUUUUAAGGAAGCAACAGCCGAUGUAAACGACGACAUACAAAAACUUGAAAAACAAAAUGUGAUCGUGGAAGAGAAUCAAAAUAAUUCUAAUAUUUUUAAAGAAAAUGACAAUGCAGAAGAUUUAACAGAGAAAAAAAAUAGUAAAAAGUCUAAAAAGAGGUUAUUAGAAACCGAUGAGAAUGAAAACAAUCAUCAAAGUGAUAAAAGAAGUAAAAAUAAUGUAAUUAAUACAGUGACGGAGAAUAAUAUUACCGAAGAUAGUGUUAGUAAAUUUAGUUGGAAGAAUGUCAUUUUAGAUACUGUUGCGAUAAAAGGUAAAAUUUCCUUAAAAAAGCUUCGAAAAAAAGUUGUAGCUCAGUAUUUGGCUGACUUUCCAGACGCUACAUUGGAGAAAGCAACUUCGAAAUUUGAAAAGAAACUUAUCAAAGUAUCUGGUAUUUUAAUCGACGACGACAAAGUUAAAUUGUUAUAAGUUAUAUUAGUUCAUACUGCUAAAUUAUUACCUUUAAGAAUUCUCGUACGAAUUUUGUAAGAUACAAUAUAUUUCGUUAGAAAUAAAAUCAAUUUUUUUAUGUUGUUAAUCUA